AUGGCCUCCGGAACCUCGGCAGGUCGCGAGCCGUACGACGAGGAGGCCGCGAGCCGCCGCCCGCUCGAGCUCGGCAUCCGCGACUCCGCCCCCGCUUCCGCCUCCGACCACCGGUCUGGAAAUAUUGUGCCUAGAUAUCAGGUGGGAUGUACUAAAGCUGAUACAAGUAAGAGAUACUUGGAGGGAUGGCAUAAGAAGCAAUCUAGUACAGAUGAUGUACGGAAGAGCAAGUCAGGAUACUUCACGGCAUUCGGGGUGGACCUAUCUCCUGAUAAUAUGGCAGUUGCCAUUGUAUAUUUUGUGCAAGGGGUCUUAGGCCUUGCACGACUUGCUGUGAGCUUUUACUUAAAAGACGAUCUUCACCUUGAUCCAGCUGAGACUGCAGUUAUAUCUGGCUUCUCAUCCUUGCCCUGGUUGAUCAAGCCAAUCUAUGGCUUUAUCAGUGAUUCUAUUCCACUAUAUGGGUAUCGAAGAAGAUCAUAUCUUAUUCUGUCAGGAUUUCUUGGAACACUUUCAUGGAGUUUGAUGGCUACAGUAGUGAACAGUAAAUAUGGUGCAGGAUUCUCUAUUCUUCUUGGAUCACUUUCUGUUGCCUUCUCAGAUGUUGUCGUAGAUUCUAUGGUAGUUGAGAGAGCUCGUGGCGAAUCACAAAGUACAUCUGGAUCUCUCCAGUCUCUAUGUUGGGGGUCCUCGGCAUUUGGUGGAAUUGUGAGCGCAUAUUUCAGUGGUUCGCUUGUGGAUGCAUAUGGAGUAAGAUUUGUCUUUGGUAUUACGGCAUUUUUACCAUUGAUGACAUCUGCUGUUGCAGUUCUUGUAAAUGAACAUCGCCUGACUCCUGGAGAACAUGCUAUGUCAGUCUCUGGUUCAGGAUUCAUUGAGAGCUCAAUACAGCACAUCAAGCAGCUAUGGACUUCUGUAAAGCAACCUAACAUUUUCUUGCCGACCUUGUUUAUAUUCCUCUGGCAAGCAACACCACACUCAGAGUCAGCCAUGUUUUUCUUCAUCACAAAUAAGCUUGGAUUCACUCCAGAGUUUCUAGGACGUGUAAAACUCGUUACUUCCAUUGCAUCCUUGCUCGGUGUUGGAAUUUAUAACUACUUUCUGAAGGCAGUUCAUCUGAGGAAAAUAUUUCUUGUGACAACCAUCAUAGGUUCAGCCCUUGGAAUGACACAGGUUCUUCUUGUCACUGGGCUUAAUAGGCAGUUUGGGAUCAGUGAUGAGUGGUUCUCCAUUGGAGAUUCGUUAAUCAUCACGGUCCUUGGCCAGGCUGCAUUUAUGCCAGUUUUGGUGUUAGCUGCAAAAUUGUGCCCUCCAGGAAUGGAGGCGACUUUGUUUGCCACUUUGAUGUCCAUUUCUAAUGCUGGAAGUGUUACUGGUGGUCUUGUCGGUGCUGGUCUAACAAAGAUUUUUGGAGUCACUAGGGAAAGCUUCGGAAAUCUACCUCUGUUGAUUAUUGUAUGCAAUCUCAGUUCCUUGCUGCCCUUGCCUCUUCUAGGUCUCCUUCCAGACGAAACAGGAGAUUCAGAUAAUGAAGAAACAAAACACAGCUGA